AUGGCGACCGGUAGCGGCAAGACUUUAAUAAUGGCCGGAUUAAUUUUGUACUUAUAUCAAAAAGGAUAUCGUAAUUUUCUCUUUUUUGUCAACAGUACUAACAUUAUUGAUAAGACCAGAGAUAAUUUUUUGAAUGACACUUCAAUCAAAUACCUUUUUACCAAAAAUUUUUCUUGGGUUGACAAAAAAAUUACUCUUCAAGAAGUAGAAAAUUUUCAAACUACCGCUAACGAUAGUAUUAGUAUUUGUUUUGAAACCAUUCAAGGACUCCAUUCUCGCUUAAAUAACCCUCGCGAAAAUAGCAUAACUUAUGAGGAUUUUCAGGACCAAAAAGUUGUGCUCAUUUCGGACGAAGCUCACCAUAUCAAUGUGGAAACUAAAUCAGGCUCACAACUUUCCAAGGAGGAAAAAGCAGAAAGAAAUUCCUGGGAAAAUACGGUUAACAAAAUUUUUGCUGCUAACUCGCAAAAUUUUCGGAUUGAUGGCUAUUCCAAAGAAGUAAAAGUAUUACAGACCGACGCCGAACCCUUUGAGCGGGCUUUGCAAGCCUUAUUAUUAAGCCAAUAUCGCCGCAAAAUAUUUGAAAAAAACGGCCAUGUAAUAAAACCGGUUAUUUUAUUUAAAUCCAAAACUAUUAAAGAGAGCGAAGAAUUUCAAGAUGCAUUUAUAAAGGGAAUAGCAACUCUUACCAGUGAUAACCUUGGAGAAAUUGAGGCCAACAUCAAAGAUGAGUUUCUGAUAAAA